AUGUCUAGCGCAGAUCGUAAAAUUUUAAUACUUUAUGGUAGUCAAACUGGUUUUGCACAAGAUGUUGCUGAAAGAAUCACAAGACAAGCAAAAAGAAGACAUUUUAGAGCAAGAAAUUUUGCAAUGGACUCAUACAAUAGGGAUAAUUUGAUCAAUGAAGAAUUGGUGAUUUUUGUGUGUUCAACUACUGGACAGGGCGAUGAGCCUGAUAAUAUGAAAAAAUUCUGGAAAUUUUUAUUAAGAAAAAAUUUACCAAAAGAUAUUUUGAAUCAAAUGAAAUUCACGGUUUUUGGUCUUGGUGAUUCAUCAUAUGUCAAAUAUAAUUGGCCAGCAAAAAAACUUUAUAAGCGACUCUUACAAUUAGGAGCUGAAAGUAUUUAUCCUCGUGGUGAAGGUGAUGAUCAACAUUACCUUGGUAUUGAUGGAAUGCUUGAUCCUUGGUUGAGAGGAUUGUGGAAAGUAUUAAUGGACCUAUAUCCAUUACCACCUAAUCUCAAGAUUAUACCCGAUGACAAUUCGGUUAAAGAAGUGGAUGAAUUCAUUAAAAUGAUGGAUUGGUCUGAUAUUGCAGAUGAUCCUUUUAUUCUGAUUCCUAAUGAUGAAGAUAAAAUAAUACCUUCACAUUGGGGCACAUCUCUGACAUUAAGAAAAAUGUUUGAAGAAUAUUUAGACAUAUUUAGUACACCGCGUAGAUCAUUCUUUGAAUUCCUAUCAUUUUUUACUACAGAUGCGGAUCACACUGAAAAAUUAAAAGAGUUUUGUAGUGCUGAAGGACAGGAUGAUUUGUAUGCAUAUAGUCAACGUGUUCGCAGGACAAUAGUAGAAGUGCUUUAUGAUUUUUCAUCAGCAAAAAUACCAAUUGAUUAUAUACCUGAUAUAUUUCCAGAAUUACUACCUAGACAAUUUUCCAUCUCAUCAUCAUUAAAAUUUCACCCAAAGAAAAUUCAUUUAACAGUUGCCGUUGUCAAUUAUAAAACUAGAUUGCAGAAACCACGUCAAGGUGUCUGUACUAAAUGGCUAUCCACUUUGGAAUUGGAAACGCUGAUUCCAAUUAGAAUUACACGUGGUACCAUGCGGUUACCUACUUCGAUAUCAACACCAAUAAUCUUGAUAGGACCAGGUACUGGAAUAGCAGUCAUGCGAACAUUUUUGCAAGAACGGAUAUCUGAAGGAGCGACAGAGAAUUAUUUAAUUUUUGGUUGUAGAAAUCGCGAAAAAGAUUAUUAUUAUAAAGAGGAAUGGAAACAAUAUGUUGAUAAUAAUCAAUUGAAAAAAAUAUUUGUAGCAUUCUCUAGAGAUCAGGAUAAAAAAGUAUAUGUCCAAGAUAUUAUCAGAGAGAACUCCCAAUUAUUUUGGGAGAUUGUGUAUGAACGCGGGAUGACAGAAGAUCAAGCUACAAAAUAUAUUGCUUUACUUGAAAAAAAUCGUAGAUAUCAACAAGAAGUUUGGUAA